GGAGGCGUGUAGAGGUGCGGACGUGAGCGUCUGGAGGUUUGCAUCACAAGAUCCGCCGUAAUUUGUUCAGCAGGUUCCGUUCGUAGCUUGGUGUGUGGUGCGCACGAGGACGAGGAGAAAGACAAGUUUUGGGAAGCGCUGCAGAAGGAGUCGUUUUAUAUUCGAAGUGAGCCUUUUCCAGGGGUUUGAUUGAUGCUCGAAGUUGGCAUGCUGGUGGCGUAAUCAAAAUAUUCUUGGAUCCUCGUUGCGAGACCUUUGGACAUAUUAUACUCCGAGAGGUGCAAACCUACCGCCACCACCACGAGAACACGUAAAACGCGACUGUUCUACGAUGGUCAAGAGCUGUGCGGAGUUUGGCAGCUCGGUCCUGUUGGACAUCAAUGAUGGUGACAGAAUGACGUUUGCCCGUCUUCACAGCACAUCGACACUGAAAAUCGGCAAUACCAAAUGUACCCUCGAAGCAUUAGUCGGACAGCCCUUUGGAGCUGUUUUCGAGAUGCAGAGUGAACGGAAUAGCUCCAAACUUGUUCGAAUGCCCAAUGUCUCAGAUGUGAAUGGCAGGAAUGAAAAGCGGCAGCAAAUUGAGACAGAUCAAGAUUCUGAAGAUGUGAAGGAUAGAGACAACCGAGCCCUGGUGGACGAUAAUAAAGCGCAGACACUGUCGUCUGAUGACAUCGACCGUAUGAAAAGAGAUGGUGCAUCAGGGAAGGAAAUCAUUGAUGCUCUUGUAGCCAACAGUGCAUCCUUUGAAACUAAGACAGCUUUCUCACAGGAGAAGUACAUGAAGAAAAAGCAGAAGAAAUAUGCGCCGCGAGUGCUUCUAAGGCGUCCAUCUGCAAGGAGUAUUUGCGAGGCUUACUUCGUCAAGGAUCCGCGAAAAAUUGGGUUUUGCCGUAUGGACACGCUGGCCCUAAUGAUGUCUCUCGCAAAUGUCGGACCCAAUUCCGACAUUCUUGUACUGGAAUCACUUGGAGGACUUAUAACAGCCGCCGUGACAGAACGAUUAGGAGGUCACGGUUCUAUCUGCAGCACGUAUUAUACUACCAAACGUCCACCCAUAGAUAUGGUGCGACUGCUAAAUCUGGACGAUGCCACUGCCUUAAGUGUGCUGCGCGCUCCUUUGGAGAAAUUGGUCGCUGCUCGGCAGUCGGCAUUGCGCUCGAAAGACCAGAAUGGUGUUGGCGUUGCAGAGCGAGAGGCACUGGCCCAAGCUCUCAGCACCCUUGAAGAGCCAAAAAACAGCACCAUUGGGCAAAAUGCAACGGAUGCUGUUGUGAACGACUCUCCAAGCAUGGCUGUAGAAGCAUUGUCAACGGAAACACCUGUUACGGAGAGUAUGGAUGUGGACAAGGAAACUACAAAUAUCAUCUCCCCAGCCCAAAAUACCACUGAUGGUGUAGUAGAAGACUCUCAAAUCAAGGACAUGGAAGCGCCUUCAACUGAAAUGUCCGUCAAGCAAAAUAUGGAUCUGGACCAGAAAACAUCUCACAGCCUUCCUGCAGAGGACAGAGAAGAGGAUGCCUGUGAAUUAGGAGACAAGGAGGCUAACCCAACAGCUGUUGGCGAAGGGAAGGCGAGCAAAGGUCCUCGACCCGGAAAUGAAGCCACCAGUGCUGACAUAUUUAAGUGGGCAAAUCAAGGCUUUUCAAGCUUGCUGGUUGCUGCACCGGAACUAGAUGCUUGGACAGUUGUCAAGCAGUUGAUUCCUCUUCUUUCUUCUUCUUCGCCCUUCGUAAUCUAUUCACCGUAUCAACAGCCGUUGGCAGAAUGUAUGUUUCAACUGCAAAAAAACAACAUGGCCAUUGCCUUACAGCUCACAGAGCCUUGGUGUCGGGAGUAUCAGGUGUUGCCCCUCAGAUCGCAUCCCCAUAUGCAGAUGAGUGCCACCGGUGGCUUCACACUGAGUGGCAUACGAAUUACAAACUGUGUUUGAGAUAUAUAUUGACCAGGUUUGGUGCUCGUCUGAGGGCUACUCGCUCAAGUUCGACGUUCAAAAAGUGCCCGUGCCCGUGCCGCCUUGGCAUACCACCAAUGCUUUUGCCCAAUAUUAUUUAGUGAGAAAGGGUUUCUACGUUUGAGUUGCCAAAUCUAGUCAACUAUACUAUCUGAUCACCAAGUUUAUGCCCAUUCGUUCAGAUACACUGACAUGAGAAGAUAGAAAUAUCACCAGUGUCACAUUCUUAGAGGGUCCUUCUCGACGACACUGCCUAGCGCAAGACGGCCCUGUCGGGCCAGCCUCGGCUAGCGAGAUUAGUCAUGUACAAGCAAGAAUUGUCAUAUUGUAGUGCAUUAGUGAAGAUUGAUAAACGGAACCAUUUUUUGAAGUUGUUAGGUCCGGGAAAUAGACACCUUCCUGGUUGUAUCAAUAAAGCACUCAUGUAGCAAAGCAUAUGACGUCGGCUUUUGUCGUGGGUUGACUCUGUUGAUUGUGGUCAACAGAGAGUCCGAGCUUCUAUUUUUAACUUGAUUCGCUGGGAAAACUGCCUCACAAAGUCAUGGCGGAAGCUUUCGAUCGAGUAGCACCAGUGAAGUUGCUUACACGGGGUACUGGAGUAGGAGCUGUCGUAGCGAAUCUUGUAAAGUAGGCUCUCGAAGGAAGGGGCUAUGUGAUAUUCUUUUAUCGAUUAUAGGAAUAAAGCCAAGGAGACUGAA